GACAGCGGAACGAAAAUAUAAUCUACGAUUGAUUUCAAAUAAAGAAAAAUAUAAAUAAUAAAUACAUGCGAUUAUUUUUGAGUUUAUAACUGUGAUACAACACCAAAUCAAAGUAACCAAUUUUUAAAUUAGAAUUCAAAAUGUCAUUUCGAUUUAAACCAACAGAAUUACAACAUUUUAAUUGGAUGUUUAAUCUAGCACCAUGUUUUCCUGUAAAUGCUUCAAAAAUUAAUAUUAUAAAUGAUCCGAAUAAGUUUUAUGACACUAUUUACGAAAGAUUUAAAAACGCCAAACGUAGAAUUUCGUUAGCUAGUUUAUAUAUAGGCACGGGCGAAUUAGAAAAAAAAUUGUUAAAGGUUACCGUUCAUAACGUUAAAAAUACGAAAGAUUUAAAUUUUCAUGUUUUACUUGAUUAUCAAAGGGGUACUCGAGGCAAAGAUAAUUCGCAAACAUUAUUUCGUCAAUUUGUAAAUGGUAUUUCUGAUAGAUGCCAUUUGGCUUUAUAUCAAACACCAAGACUUCAUGGAACAUGGUCUAAAGUGCUCCCCUCUCGCUACAACGAGAUUGUCGGUCUUCAACAUAUGAAGCUAUAUAUUGCUGAUGAUUCUAUAAUAUUGAGUGGAGCAAAUUGUUCGAAUGACUAUUUUCAACAAAGGCAGGAUCGUUACAUAGAAAUUGAGGAUGAAGAUUUAGCAAAUUUUUAUUGUGAACUAAUAGAUGAAGUAGCAAAGCAUAGUAAACAAGAUCAUUCUGAUAAUAUAACUAGUAAUAUAUCUAAAGAUAUUGUUAUAAAACAAGUCAAUCAAAAUAUUGAAAAUCUAAUUAACAAAUGGAAAGACAGACAAGCUUCUAAAUUAUCAUCAUUUAAUGAAAGUAUAGAAGAAAAAGAUACAUGGAUAUUUCCUCUGAUACAAAUGGGUGAAUUCAACAUAAAUCAAGAUGAACAAGCAACUUGUAAUAUUUUAUCUUCUGCACCAGAAGGUUCAUAUUUUCGUUUAGCAACUGGUUAUUUUAAUUUAACUGAAAGAUAUGCUGGUAUUUUACUCAGAGAUUGUAAAGCCACCAUAAGUCUAUUGAUGGCACAUCCAAAUGCUAAUGGAUUCAUGGGAGCUGCGGGCCCGGCAGGCGGUAUACCUCAGGCUUAUUCAUUAAUAGCUAGGAAAUUUUGGCAGCAAGUUGUUAAUUAUGAUCAAAUGAGCAGGGUGCAGAUAUUGGAAUAUGAAAGAACAGGAUGGACUUUUCAUGCAAAGGGACUAUGGUACUAUCCUCCGAGUAGUGAUGUACCGUGGGCGACGGUAGUUGGUUCUGCGAACUUGGGGGAACGUUCUGUACGACGAGACCUUGAAGCACAGGCUGCAAUAUUUACCUCUUCACUCGAUUUACAGGAAAGACUUCACAAUGAGUGUUCAAGACUUCACGACUAUGCUUCCGAAUGCAGCACAGACUUGCAAAAGAGACAAGCGCCGCUGUGGGUACGGGCUACUGUAGGACUAUUUAAAACAUAUUUUUAAAUGCAAUUUUAUAUUUUAACUGAAUUUGUAGUUUAGACAAAAUAAGUAUCGCGGAUUCACUUGGUACAAAGUGCUAAUUUUUGUACAAUACAUUUUGUUAUUUUUGUAUAAUUUUUUUAAAACAGUUUUUAUAUUCUGUGCUUAAUUCGAAAUGUUUGUAUUUGCUUACAAAGUUUCGUGGACCACAAAUUGAAUUGAAAGGUUAUGGGUUGGUUUUAGUAUCUGCUUAGAGCCUCAGUUAUCAGUAUAAUCAAAGAUUUUAUUAGAUUCUAUUAAAUGAAUCUAGUCAUCAUGUCUUGAUGGAAAACUUUAAAGGAAAUCGUUUUGCUGAUUUGAAUUAUGUUCCCAUAAUUAUUUUUUUGUUUAAAAAAACAUUGUAAGCUUUAUAAAGCGGAUCAUUGUGUGUGAGCCAACAAAUAGCCACUAAGAUGUGAAUUAAAAACUAGUUAUGUGCUAUUAAAUAGAUACACAAAUUAUAUGUACACAAUUCAAUACAUGGCAAACUGCAGCCUUAUCGCUGAAUACAAUAAUGACUCUUGUAAGUAAUCUUAAAAUAUUUUUUUAACUUCUUUAGUAGUAUAAAGUCUUCAAAAUUUCCUCAAUGACAUUUACUACUUGUGUUGAAUUUGAUUUAAAUGACGUAUUUGUUUGGGCUUGACGUUAGUAGGUACAGCGUAUGUCAACCACAGGAGGAAUAAAGACAAAUAAAAACAACUUUGACAUUAAAUUGACGCGAUAUCAUGCGUCGAGAUAUAUCUUGUAUAAUCUAUGAUCUUCACUAUGGAAUUUCGAAAAAAAAAAUCGUUUUGAAUAACGGCGAAAUCGUUAUCGGAAAUUUGGCAUUAAAAUUAAAGUGAUAUAAGUAGUUAAGUGGAAUAAUGUUGUAGUAUAAAAUAAGAUAUAUUAAUCAAGUAUUGUUCGUAGUGCACGCCAUAACAGAGUUAUUGGCAAAUCUUAUGGAAUACAUAAAUAUAAGGUUUAUUUAUCUUUACUCCUUCUUUAACUGAAAUAGGUAUAUCAGCGUCUAUUUUUUUUUUCUU